AUGUUCAAAAGAAAUAUUUCCAAAUCGGUCCCAUCAGGUGAACUCAAAAUGUAUCAAUGCAGCCGUUUGUAUCUUCAAUUCUGCAAAUGUUCAGUCCCGGAUACAACCAUAAAGUGCACAUUGGAGGAACCGGCUAUUGCAAUUUUGUUUUCUAAACAUCUACUCCCAUGUGAAGAUACUCAACUACCUGUUGAUUUCGGUGGAAGUAGUUUUGCAAACUUUGUGGACAAAGGAAGAACGUCUGAAGUGAAUUUAGCUAAUCCACCCAGUCGCUGUCGCCUGUCUCGUACUAUACGGAAGAAACGUGAUGUUUUUCGUGGACCUGGUACAUCUCAACCGAAACCUACCGUGAACGAUUCUGCAGAAAAUACAGAUUUUUCAAAUUUCCCCUACCAAACACCUCGCCUUGCCCCAGCACUUUCAAAUGUGAACAAAGUAUUAAAAUCUAAAAAACUUCAAAGAAAACGUAAAAGACAAAUGGAAUCUCAAUGA